CUGCACAGACUCCUUUUCCAUGCAGAGCAUCACAUGAAAAGAUCCUGUGGAAUAUUAUUUCUUAAUUGCAGCAACUAAUUGGACCACCGCUGGUAUCAGUUAGUUCCUUCAACACUGGAAUUGCCUGUGAGUUUACGGAGUGACUUCGACAAAAGACUUCUGGAUUCCUGAAUUAUUUUUUUCAUCUUAUGAUGCCACGAGUUCUCACAAUGAAUAUCGCAGAUUUAAACCGUGAGUGCCUUUUGCAUUUAUUCUCAUUCCUGGAUAAAGAUAGCAGGAAAUGCCUUUCACAAACCUGCCACAAGCUCCAGGAUGUUUUCCAGGAACCAUGUCUCUGGACCUUUUUGAAUUUUAGCUCUCCUUCAGAACUCAGAAAAAAGAACUACAUUCUGGGACCAGCUUUGAAAUCACUGUCAAUUUGCUGGUAUUCAAGCAGGGUGAAAAUCUGUAACAUUGAGGACUGGGUGAAAACUACUCUGCAGAAGUCCAUGUGCAGGCCCCAUCUGAACACAGUGAGCGACUUCCUUCAAGAGGUUUGUAAAAGAUGCCCAAACCUGCAGACACUGACUCUCUCUGGUUGUGCCCACAUCGGUGAUGAAAAUCUCAUCCAAGUCUUGAAACACUGUCCUCACCUUCAAAGUCUAAAGCUGGAAAAUUGCUCUGGAGUGACAGACAGGACACUGGCAAAGGUUCUCCUUCUUUCUAGAAGACUUCAAAUCCUUCAUGUCAAUUUCUGCCGAAAUAUAACACAGAAGGGCCUCUCCCUGAUGCAGCAGGGGUGUCCAGGGAUUAUACUGCAGGCAGACAGGAGUGCAGAUAUGAUUGCUGACAGAACGCCUGAUGAUAUCAUAUCUCUUCCGCGAACAUCAAGAAAAAUUAUACUGAGAUAAGACUUAGUCACAUGCUUUCUGUUCCAACUACUGUCCAAAGUCUUUCACAUAUAGAUUUUGUAUGGCUCUAAUAUUGC